UUAGUUUAUUUUUUGUUGUCUACAAGUAAAAAUAAAAUGAACCUGAUCUUAAUUAUUUUGGUACUUGGCCUAUUUGCUGAAAUACAAAGUAAACCACAGGAAGGAAACUCAACAAUAAGUGGUGAUUUAAAUACCAAUCUCAACACUGAAAUAGACAAGGCUAUCAAUUCUCCACUUGGACACUACGAAAAUAAUAAUGAGUAUAAGGAAUAUGUCGAUAUCUUAAAAGUAGUGAAGGAAUUAGCGGACUCUAAUUCUGAACUUAAGAAAAAAUACUUUGAUUUAUUUCAAAAAUAUAACAAUCGUCGAUUAGAGCUAGAGAAGAGCAUUGAAAGUCGUGCCCAGGAGCUGGACAACGAAAUAUAUAUACAUGCAGUAACUGCUGAGUGCAUAAGGUUUUACUAUAAUCAAAAAAUAGCAAUCGAAAAAGCAUUCACACAGACCAACAAUCAGAAGGAAUCUAGUUUGCGGGAAAAUAGUGUUGCUUGCCCAAAUAAUACAGUUGAAGAAGUCGAUGACGAUGACGACGAUGACGAUGAAUCCUAUGAGUAUUACUACUAUGACUGAAGCCUGAAGUAGAACUUAACGACAUAAUCACGGAAUAAUAAUUUAUAGAAAACAAUUUGAAAAACAUUACAAAAAACAUAAUCAAAUAAUUUAAAAUUUUUCAUAGUUAAAUAUAUAUAUAUAUAUCGAAAUCAACCUUUCAAACUAUCAACAGAUUCAUAUUGUUUUACAUUUUCUGAAACUGGAAUCAAGCAGUGCAUAGGCUAAUACCUGAACAUAUGAACAUAUUUUUCCAGUGCAUUGCUUCCAGCCUAUCUGAUUUCAGUCUAUAGUGAAUUGAGUAGAAAGUACAAACAGAGAACAAUGAAACAGUCUCAGACAAGGCUGAAAGUCUAUUGAGAGGACAGAGCACAGAAGUUAA